GCCGCAGCCGAUCACGGACAGUCAACAAAACUUUGUAAUUCGAACGAAACUCAGGGACGGUCCGGUUCAUGUUCGGUUGAUGCGUCGCGUCGUGCAGGUUUUUAUUUUCCACUAAAGUCUUCUGAAUAGAAAAUUAUCGAUUGUGUUACUCCCUUGAAUAAAAAGAGAAGGAACAAGUGUAAAGUAAUAUCUAACAGAUCCAACGGUGUUGCCAGGUGUUACCAGGUGAAUGUGACCGUUUUCGUGCUGCGUUACCUCAAACUUACCUGAAGGGAUAAUCAGAUAGAAGAACGUAUUAAAGGUAUAGUCUUUAAGUACAGUGCAAUUGUACGAAAAGAAGUGGCUUUCGAAUAAACGGUUUUCAUAUUGACGUUUAAAUUUUGAUGCAUCGUUUAAACAUGCAUAAUUAUUUGUCUGGCAAUCAAUGUACAUAAUAAUUGUCACAGAAAAUCAUAUUAUACUUCCUAUCAUUUAGAGGAAAUUCUGGUUUAAUUUCAUCCGUAGGUUUGCAUAAUUUCGUUUUUUCAUAAUUGAGAAAAUCUACGUACGUUUCGUAAAACUUCAACGCACCUCACGCGCAUACAUACAGUUCGAAAGGAAAUGUGGAAUACGACGAUGAAUCGUAGGAAAGCAAUCAACGACACGUAACGCUGAAUCUAGCGAGAAAAUCUGUGGGACUUGAAUGACCAAUUUGCGAGGAGAAAAGGUGGAAGAACGACGAAAUACACUGUGAAUCGGAUGGAAACGGUGCGGAUGCUUCGAAACCGUCGGUUUCAAGAAAGGUGGAGGGAUUGCGAGUGCAAGUAAAAGGAAUGUUGUCUCACAGGUGUACGUCGUAAUGCUCUUCCGUUACGUCUACCGAUAGAGAACGUAAUUGGAGGCUGAAUUCGCCACGUGAGCUCGACAAUGCGGAGAUCGUACAGGAAUUGUUUGUACACGUUCGCGUAAGUUGACCGUGGAAUUGUACGUCGGUUCCCGUGGUGAAGUGCGAGGGGAGUGGAAGCGGGCAACAGCGGCCAAGAAUUUUACCGAGGAACAUGGAGAUGCCGUGGAGGAAUGCAAUCGCGAACCUUUCAACCUUUCUGACCGCGAGGACCAGGAUUUUCGUUGCCGCUGUCUGUUUCAUCUGGAUCGUUGCAAGCGCCUGCGCCAGUGAGAUCCUUCAGGAACCGCGCUUCACCACUCAGCCUUCGAGCAGCGGCAAUAUUCUUAGUGAAAAUCGAAUAAAAUUUCUGCAGUGUCAAGCCAGAGGAAAUCCUCCGCCGAAGUACAAGUGGUUUAAGGAUGGGGUGCCCCUCAGUAACGAGCUUACCUCGGAGUAUUAUUUUCGAAUACAGAGUAUUCGGAGGGAGGACGCGGGGGUGUACCAUUGUGUCGCCACGAACGAUGUGGGAUCCAUAUUUAGCGAGAGGAUCUCAUUCGCGGUAGCUUAUAUGGGGAUAUUCGACGACCUCAGUGAAAGAAUAGUGAGCGUGAAAUCGGGUAGCGCAGCCGUUUUAACUUUGCCACCGAUAGAAAGUCAUCCCGCACCUGACGUUACAUGGUUCACGUCCGAUGGCUCAGUAUUGUACGGUAUUAAAUACGCGACUGUUCGUCACAUGUUGCUUAUUCUGAACGCCUCCGAGACCGACGAAGGCCUCUACAGGGCCAGAGCUAUUAACACGCAAUUGGGCAAAGAAGAAAACAGCCCGUUUUUCAAGCUUCAGGUCACAGGCGAUGCGAACACUGAAGUAGCGCCUACCAUCAUAGUGAAACCAGAGGAUACGCAAAUUAUCAAGGAUCAAGACAUCACUUAUAUUUAUUGUAUAGCCAACGCCAGGUCUCUUCACGAGCUGCGUACUUUGUGGACCAAAGACGGUAUCCCCAUUGAGAACUCGAGGAUAUCGUACAGUUUCAACGACUCCUGGAACAGAACUUUGGCGUUGAUAUCGGCAAACAUAACUUACACCGGCGUUUACUCUUGUCACGUGGAUUUAAUAACCGGCGGAUAUCCUACAGUGAACGCGAGCGCGAAAAUAGUCGUAUAUGAAAAACCAACGUUCAUAAUGGAAUUGAAACGGGAGACUCUUAGUGAUUACGGAUCAACUGUAACGUUACCGUGCGAUGCCGUCGGUGUUCCUCCUCCUAAUAUAACUUGGUUCCGAAAUGCGGAAUCUGUAGAUCAUCUUCUUGGAUCUAGAUACGCAAUGGAGGAAGAUGGGUCUUUGACGAUUAAAAAAUUAACCAUGGCCGAUUCGGGGAUGUUCCAGUGCCUUGCUUCCAACGAAGCUGGCGAAGCAUCCAGUUACACCUGGCUCAAAGCAAAAAAAGGAUUAGAAAGCAGAGUGAAAAAGAGAAUUGUCCGCUGGGCAGCUGGCUACAAUGUAGUCAGAGUUCGCCAAUCUGAUCGCCGUUUUAAGUUCUCUCAAUAUCCAGACACAUCUGGGCCAAUCAUGGAGAACGGUCCACAAAAUUUAACUAUAUUAGAUGGAAAAGAUGCGACUUUAACAUGCAGUGCGGUAGCAGCUCCAAUACCAAAUACCACGUGGAUAUACAAUGAUACGACUCCUGUCGAAAUUGCUGGAAGAGUACAGGUAUUAGAUAACGGUGAUCUUUUAAUUGCCGCUGUGAAACCAAACGAUGCCGGAAAAUACACUUGCAUUCGGGCUAACGAGGCUGGUUCCGUGAAUGGAUCCGCCUAUCUCACAGUAUUAGUUCGUACACAGAUCGUUCAACCACCUGUUGACACAUCCGUUCUUCUCGGCUACACCGCGGAAUUACAGUGCAAGGUUUCCAACGAUCCAAGCGUUUUAUACGAUAUAGCCUGGUUUCACAAUUCACAAGUAAUAAAUACGCAAGCGAGUCAGAGGGUGAAGAUGCGACAUGACGGUACGUUAGAAAUAGCAGCGGUCAGAGCCUCGGAUGUAGGCGAAUACAUGUGUUCCGUGGUUUCUCCCGGUGGCAACGAGACUCGGUCAGCACGUCUUAGUGUAAUCGAACUACCGUUCGCACCAAUAAACGUAGUGGCCAACCGAAUGGAAAGGAUUUCUCCGCGUACUAUAAACGUUAGUUGGGUCCCAGGUUUUGACGGGAACAGUCCGACGAAGAAAUUUAUAGUCCAGAGGCGGGAGGUGUCUGAUCUUGGACCGAUCCCUGAUUCUUCGUUGAAUUGGAUUAUCGAAUGUAAUAACGUUACGGCUGAUAGUCGGUGGGUGGUACUUAACAAUUUGAAAGCAGCAGCCGCGUAUCAGUUCCGAGUGACCGCGGAAAACAGCGUCGGGGAAGGGCCUCCGUCGGAUCCUAGCAACGUAGUAGUCCUACCUCAAGAACCUCCGAGCGGGCCACCGGUAGGAUUCGUUGGCUCCGCUCGCUCUUCCUCAGAGAUAAUCACGCAGUGGCAACUCCCAUUGGAAGAAUAUCGGAAUGGGCAUAUUUUAGGAUACAUAUUAAGGUAUAGACUGUAUGGUUAUAACGACAAUCCUUGGACAAUACAGAACAUCACUAACGAAGCACAAAGGAACUAUCUGAUCACCGAUCUGAUCACGUGGAAAGAUUAUAUCGUGCAAAUAGCAGCGUACAACGAUAAAGGCGUGGGAGUGUUCACAGAGGGCUUGAAGAUUAAGACGAAGGAAGGUGUGCCGGAAGCUCCGCCGACUAAUAUAAAAGCAAAGGCUAUCAAUUCAACGGCUAUAAAAGUAUGGUGGAAACCACCGAACCCGCAGAAAAUUAAUGGGAUAAAUCAGGGUUACAAAUUGCAAGCCUGGAUCGGUAAUAAUUUCACCGAGGCAAAUGAGUACAAGUCAAUGACUGUACCGCCUAGUUUAUUCGAUCCACUCGCGGAACAAAGUGCCAUUAUGAUCGGCCUAAAGAAAUACGCCAUGUACAAUAUAACUGUGUUAUGCUUCACGGAUCCGGGUGACGGUGAACGAAGUACUCCCGUCCAAGUUCGUACACGAGAAGACGUGCCCGAGGAAGUAGAGAAUCUACAAUUCGAAGACAUAAGCGAUCGCGCGCUCACUGUUAAAUGGAGUCCUCCGCGUGAGGCGAACGGGAUACUAAAGCUUUACCAAUUGAAGUAUAUGAUCAAAGAUGUACCGGACUCUCUACGAGUAGAGAACUUCACGUCGGACGUCCUCUCGGCGAAAAUUGAGCACUUGCAAGCAAUGACGCAUUAUAAGUUCGAAGUUAUCGCUUGGACUUCGGUGGGUCCCGGGAAAUCCAAAAUAGCCGUAAUUCAAUCGGGUGUCGAGCCUGUUCUCCCAGAACCGCCUACCAAAUUAGCGCUGUCCAAUAUAGACGCGUUUUCUGUCGUUCUCCAAUUCACGCCAGGAUUCGACGGUAAUUCGUCGAUAACGAAGUGGACAGUGCAGGCGCAAACCACUCGGAAUACUACUUGGUACACCAUAUACGAAGUCUCGGAUCCCGAUGCCAGUACGAUUACCGUGAUCGGCCUAAUUCCAUUUAUGCAGUACAAACUAAGAUUAAUAGCCAAUAACGUCGUCGGUGCUUCUCAACCCUCCGAGCCGACGAAGGAGUUCCAGACGAUCCAAGCACCACCUUCGCAUCCUCCCAGAAACGUUACUGUCCGCGCGAUGAGCGCGACGGAAUUACGCGUUCGAUGGAUACCAUUACAACAAAUUGAAUGGUACGGAAAUCCAAGGGGAUACAACGUUACCUAUACCGAAGUUCGGACCAAUACGUCGAAAAGUAUAACUAUAGACGAUCACACAGCGAAUUCGUAUAUUUUAGAAAAUAUGGAGGAGUACGCUCUUUACGAGAUCGUAAUGCAAGCGUUGAACGAUGUUGGAUCGUCUGGGUUAAGUCCCAAGGCUGUGGAAAGAACUCGCGAGUCGGUUCCUUCUAUGGGACCCAUUAACGUGGAAGCGAACGCAACGUCUUCCACGACGAUAUUAGUCAAGUGGGGCGAUGUUCCCAUAGAGCACCAAAACGGACAAAUAGAGGGGUUCAAGGUCUAUUACGGUGCAAAUGCUAGAUCAGCAUUCCAGUACAAAAACAUUCCUAGUAAUACGACGUUUACAACGACAUUAACAGAACUACGAAAGUUCGUCCAAUAUCAUGUACAAGUUUUAGCGUAUACAAGGCUAGGCGAUGGUACUUUGAGCACUCCUCCAGUCAGGAUACAAACGUUUGAGGACACUCCCGGUCCUCCGUCGAACGUAUCGUUUCCUGAUGUCAGCUUCACCACUGCCCGUAUCAUUUGGGACACUCCAGAAGAUCCAAACGGGGAGAUCCUGGCCUAUAAAGUCAUGUUCCAUCUAAACAACAGUUUGGAUCAUCAAUUUUCAAAGGAGUUUCCUGCAUCUGACAGAACGUUUCGUGCAACCGGACUGGAGCCGGAAAAAUAUUACAUGUUCUCGGUGACGGCGCAAACGAGGCUGGGUUGGGGUAAGACGGCGUACGCUUUAGUUUUCACUACGAAUAACAGGGAACGCCCUCAGGCGCCGUCGAUGCCACAAAUCAGUAGAUCGCAAGUACAAAGUAGGCAGAUAACGUUUACGUGGACUCCCGGUCGCGACGGGUUCGCCCCGUUGAGGUAUUACACGGUGCAACAAUCGGAGAAUUCAGGACCGUUCCAAACUAUUCCCGAAAGAGUGGAACCAACUUUAACAUCUUACACGGCAAACAAUUUGAAACCCUUCACGUUCUAUCAAUUUCGAAUACAAGCGACCAACGAUAUAGGCCCCUCGACGUGGAGCACGGAAUCUGCUCAAGUUCAAACACUGCCAGCGGCACCUUCCCGAGGAGUUACUGGAUUAAAAGUGGUUCCGAUAACGACGUCCAGUAUAGAAGUUCACUGGAACUCCAUCGAUGAAAUACAUUGGAGUGGGGAUCACCAAACCGGCGGUUAUCGCGUCGUUUAUCAACCAGUUUCCGAUUUUCCGAGUGCUAUUCAGGAUACGCCGAAAGAAGAAGUCUUGGGAAUAAAGGCCACGAAAAUAGUUUUAAGCGAUUUGACCGAGGACAGGUACUACGAGGUGAUCGUGCUACCCUUCAAUUCCGAAGGAGAAGGUCCGCCGAGUCCUCCAGUGACUGUCUACGUAGGAGAGGCUGUCCCUAUCGGAGAGCCGCAACAUUUGAAAGCAGAACCAAUUUCUUCCACAGAAGUACAUUUACGUUGGAAGCCACCUCAAGCCAAUACGCAAAAUGGAGACUUAUUAGGAUAUAAAAUUUUUUAUUUAGUUACGGAUUCUCCUCAAGAAUUGGAGAUCAAACAGGAGGAAGAAAUAGAAGUUGUUCCCGCAUCGUACCUAACACAUAGCUUAGUGUUUUUAGAUAAAUACACUGAAUACCGUAUACAAGUACUGGCUUUCAAUCCAGCCGGUGAUGGUCCCCGAACUCCACCCAUCACCGUCAGGACUAAACAAGACCUACCAGGACCACCACAUAAUCUCCAAUUCUCAGAAAUAACAAUGACUAGCCUUCGCGUUUCCUGGGAAGCGCCGAAGCUACGAAACGGUGAAGUAGUCGGUUACAUAGUUACAUAUGAGACGGCAGAACAAAAUGAUCGUUUUAGCAAACAAGUUAAACAGAAGGUAACAGAAACGAGCUUGCUGAUACAGCCUUUAGAAGAGGAAGAAACGUACACGUUUAUGGUCCGAGCGCAGACUAUCGACUUUGGUCCACCCAUUUCCGGGAACGUAACAACGGGCCCGCAAGAAGGCUCGCCGAUGGCACCUAGUAAUCUUGCUGUCACUAAAACUGUGUCCAGUGUUGAAUUACAAUGGACCAACGGCGCUUCCGGAAAGGGACCCAUUCUGGGAUAUUAUAUCGAAACACGCCGAAAAGCGAUGGAAGAGUGGCAGCAUUAUGACAGUCGUUGGCAGACGAUAGUACGUAGUAGCAACGGACCAUUGACGGAAUAUUCAGUAUCGUAUCAAAAUUUACUUCCAUCCACGUCGUAUUUGUUCAGAGUAAUAUCGUACAAUCGUUACGGGAUUAGUUAUCCAGCCUACUCUACGGAAACGAUUUUAACUCCCUCGAAGCUCUACCUCGAAUACGCGUAUUUACAACACAAACCAUUCUACAGACAAACGUGGUUCAUGGUCACCUUAGCUGCAACAUCAAUUAUAAUUAUUAUAAUGGUCAUAGCAGUGCUAUGCGUGAAAAGUAAAAGUUAUAAGUAUAAACAAGAAGCGCAAAAGACGCUCGAAGAAUCUAUGGCGAUGGAUACGGACGACAGACAGGAGUCUGAUUUAGAGCUUUAUAGAUCUAGACAAGGAGGUGGCGGCGGUAUGAGUAUGGCUAGCGGUUGCGGCACAUUGGGUAAGAGGAACACGUUGGCCAGAAAGUCUAUGCAUCCUCCACCACCUACGAUGUUAGGUAAAUCCCCUCCGAGACCAUCGCCAGCCUCGGUUGCCUACCACAGCGACGAGGAGAGCCUCAAGGGGUACGAUGAGAACCCUGAUGAUAGUAGCGUAACGGAGAAACCUUCUGAAAUCAGUUCUACAGAUUCACAGGGAUCUGAGAGCGAGAACGAAAGUGUACAAUCGGACCCACAUUCCUUCGUAAAUCAUUACGCUAAUGUCAAUGAUUCCUUAAGACAGUCGUGGAAGCGGCAGAAACCGGUUAGAAACUAUUCGUCGUACACCGAUUCUGAACCUGAAGGUAGUGCUGUUGUCAGUUUAAACGGUGGACAAAUUAUUAUGAACAAUAUGGCAAGGUCGAGAGCGCCGUUGCCUGGUUUCUCGUCGUUCGUAUAAAAUUUCGGUCGUAAUAAUCGAUUAAAGCUUUUAUUAAGUAGGUAGGGUGCCGAAUUAAGCAUAACGACUAUUUUAAGCGUUAAGCUAUCGAGAUAAAUAAAAUUGUCACACGUUGAGUUAAAGAAUUGGAUUUUUGAAACAUGAUACACGUGCGGGACUAGACUGGUUGUUAAAAGUUUCGAUCGUUUUCAUAAAGUAGAGUACUUAGAAUUUGAAUAGCUCAGCAUUGAAAUCGAAGUACACAGAGUUAAAGACUUAAAACGUUGAAACACGGAGAUUCACGUGGUGUUUCAUGAACGCCGGUACUUCGUAUAGUAAUUUUUAAUAUGCUUCUGGCACCAUCAUAUUGUGAUAUAUUGAAAUACAUAUUAUUUAUAAUUUUAGAUAAGGUCGUAAUUUGUAUAAUGAAUAUUUUUUACUUUUAUUAAGUAAAGUUCUUCAGAACGAAAAUAUCACAUGGAUCUCGAGUAAUGGUGAUGCUUGUCCAUUUUUUGUAAUGUUAAGAGGAACACGUUGUGGAGAGACGUCUCUUGACUGUAACGUGCUUAAGUAAUGCAAUAGGAAAAUAUUUGUUGCAUAAUGACCGAGUAACGAAAACUGCCAGAAACAUAUAAAUGAUAAACUUAAAGAACGAUAUUUUAAUACUAUAUUAAUAUGAUAAAAGGACAAUUCAAUUGCAAUCUCUUUUUAACAUUAUUUACAAGUUCUUCAACUCGAAUGAUCAAAUUCUUUUGAUACCUCCAAGAAUUGAAGUCUCUGUUAUAAACGAAUAUUAUCUGUCAUAAAGCAUCGAUUUAGAUGUUAAAAUAAUUCAUAAUCAGGCCUAUCAUAUCAAUAAGGAACAACUUACACGAGUCUGAUAACAUUACUGUACUGAAUAAAUACUAGACCACACAUAAAUGGAUGAUGUGACUGCGCGCAUUUCUAUUUCUAAGCGAUUUUGUUUUUAAUAUCAUUCUAUGUAUAAUGUACAUAAAACUUUUAGUAUAAAUUACGGAAUAUAGCGAAUAUUGAUACGACACGUGUAAAUUUAGUGCACAACUUAGACGAUUUAGAUUAAAUUUUAUGCCGAAUAAUCAUUAAAUAAUACAUAUUUAUAAUCCUCAUCGUAUAGACACUUAUCGGUUAUCUUCAUCUUCCUUCGUUUUUUAAAUUAUAGAAUGAAAGCAGUAACAAUCAGGAUACAUUUGCAUAAAAGAUAUAUAUGCGACAUAUGUAAUUCUCAACAAGAUAUCAUUACUUCAGUUCUAAUACUUGAUGUAUUACAUUUACAGUAUUGUAAAAUGAUAUCGUACGCAGAAUUUAUUCAGUUUACGGCAGUAAUUUUUUAGCGUAAUAUAUUUAUCAAACGAAAUUAUUAUAUGGUAGUGGAAAGAAAUACUAUUUCAUGUAAUAUGAAAGACGUUUCGACUGAUAUUAACGCGUAAAGUGUUUUUAUCAGCUUGAUAAUAAAUUUUAUAAUUAAAGAA